AUGUUCGCCGUGACGCUCAUCAUGGAGGACGGCUCGGAGUCGGCGAUCGAAUGCAGCGGCGACACCUACGUGCUCGACCAGGCCGAGGAGGACGGCAUCGACCUCCCCUACUCGUGCCGCGCGGGCGCCUGCUCGACGUGCGCGGGCAAGGUGACUGCGGGCUCGAUCGACCAGUCGGACGGCUCGUUCCUGGACGACGACCAGAUGGGCGACGGCUUCUGCCUCACCUGCGUCACCUACCCGACCUCGGACUGCACCAUCGCGACCCACCAGGCCUAA